AUGUCAGAGGAUGUCGGCCCACACGAAAAUCAGAUGGAAUCGCACAGAGCCACAAAAAUUCUUUCCAAUCAAGUCCAUCGUCUACCACAACUGAAGAAAUACUUGCAGGGGGUUUCAAACACUCGUUCAAGCCCCUAUAUCUACAAGAUCGCGCUCAUCGUACACUGGAAUGGCACUGUGGGAGUAAUUAAACACAUGUACACAAUGCAACGCGUGAUGGAGGAAUUCGACAUUCACUGCGAGCACCAUACUCUGUGUGACACUCGAGAUGGAGUGCCGGAGUCGAAUCUCUUACGUCGAAUUGACGAAAUUAUCAAAGAUUGUCAGGACAGAGAUGGAAAGUGUCUCGUCGUUUUCUGCUACCUUGGUCAUGCAGAGAAAGAGGGCCAUCUCAGUCUCACCAGUGAUUUAUGGGAUCAAAAGUUUUUCUGGCCAAGUAUCAGAAUGGACCUGUUAUGUGAGGAGACUCAUAUGGACAAAAUCGAUACGUUGGCCAUACUUGAUUGCUACUACGACGAGUUAGCCUGGAUCACCAGGAGCCCACGGAAAGUGCUUGUCAUCGCCGCUGGUGGCAAUGAUAAGAACAGACAUACCGAGGAGUCCCACCACCCAUCGUUCCCAGAGCGGUUGUACCGAGUGGUACAGAAAUUCAAGGGAAAAGGAAGCAUCACAACCAUAGACCUUUACCACGAGCUCGUACAUGAUGCUGUUGGAGAGGAGCCAAAUAACCAUGUUUGCUCCGAUACAGUUCCGAGACCCGUGAUGAUGCAGCACGAGGGCACUAAACCUAUAAAACUCGUGUUCAAGGAUCUUCACCGGAGUCUGCGAUCUACCCCAGAAGAGGGAAUCGUUGUCAAGUUGACACUGAAAGGGGAUUCCCAGGCAAUGAGGCUUCUUAGAGAUGCCGUUCGUGAAAUUCCAGACAAACUGGACGUGGAAAUUACCCAUGCUUUUCAUACCGGUUAG